AUGGGGAACAUCAUUCGGGCCCUCAUGGCCUUCAUCCCCACCGACCGCUGCCAGAGUUACGUGGUGGGAGACCUCCGGGAGAUGCCGCUGGACAGGAUGGUGGAUCUGAGCGGGAGUCAGCUGCGUCGCUUCCCGCUACACGUGUGCUCCUUCACCGAGCUGGUGAAGCUCUACCUCAGCGACAACCACCUCCACAGCCUGCCUCCAGACCUGGUAGAGCUGCAGAACCUGCAGAUCCUGGCCUUGGAUUUCAACAACUUCAAAGCUCUUCCCCAGGUGGUGUGUACCCUGAAACAGCUCUGCAUCCUCUACCUGGGCAAUAACAAACUCUGUGACCUCCCGGAUGAGCUCAGCCUGCUCCAGAACCUCCGCACCCUGUGGCUGGAGGCCAACUGCCUCACUCAGCUGCCCGAUGUGGUGUGUGAGCUGAGCCUCCUUAAGACCCUGCAUGCAGGUUCCAACGCUCUACGGCUGCUGCCCGGCCAGCUCCGGCGCCUGCGCGAGCUCAGGACCAUCUGGCUCUCAGGCAACCAGCUCGCGGACUUCCCCCCUGUGCUGCUUCGCAUGCCCUUCCUGGAGGUGAUCGACGUGGAUCGGAACAGUAUCCGCUACUUCCCCAGCCUGGCCCACUUGACUAAUCUGAAGCUGGUCAUCUAUGACCACAAUCCUUGCAGAAAUGCCCCCAAGGUGGGCAAAGGGGUGCGCCGUGUUGGGAGAUGGGCAGAUGAGACGCCAGAGCCUGAGCCCAGAAAAGCCAGGCGAUAUGCACUGGCCCAGGAAGAGAGUCAAGAGCCACCUGCUCCCCUUCUUCCUCCCAGCUCCUGA